GAGCGCUCCGGCCGCCGGUGCCGCCCGCAGUCCCCGCCCGCUCUCCAGCACUCCCGCCCGCAGCUGCCCGGGCACCGGCGGUCGCCGCGCAGCGCCCGCUCCCUCUCCCGCGCCGGGUCCUGCCCCGCCAUGAAGUUGAGCAGCCGGGGCCGGGGAUGCUGCGUGGGCGGCAGCCGGGAGCGCGGGCCGCCGCCGCGGAGCCCUUUCGUACACCAGCUGCGCUUCAGCCCCCUGGAGAAAGCCAAGAUUGCCUUCAUGACCUUGACUCUGUUUCCUAUCCGACUCUUUUUUGCUGCUUUUAUGAUGUUGCUGGCCUGGCCUUUUGCAUUCCUUGCUUCAAUGGGAUCUGAUGAGCGAGAGCUUGAAAAACCCCUCUCCUGGUGGCGAAGGAUAGUGGAUGUUUUGCUGAAGGCAAUCAUGAGAAUGAUGUGGCUUGCUGGUGGAUUCCACUGGAUAAAUGUUAAAGGCAGACGGGCAUUGCCAGCGGAAGCAGCAAUAUUAACUGUGGCUCCCCAUUCUUCCUACUUUGAUGCCAUUCCAGUAACUAUGACCUUCGCCUCCAUUGUGAUGAAAGCAGAAAGCAAAGAUAUUCCUAUUUGGGGAACUCUAAUCAAAUACAUCCGACCAGUAUUUGUGUCUCGGUCAGACCAGGAUUCUCGCAGGAAAACCGUUGAAGAGAUAAAGAGACGUGCUCAGUCUGAUGGGAAAUGGCCACAGAUAAUGAUAUUCCCAGAGGGCACUUGCACAAACCGAUCCUGUCUAAUUACAUUCAAACCUGGAGCAUUUAUUCCUGGAGUUCCUGUGCAGCCAGUGGUUUUACGUUAUCCAAAUAAACUGGACACAAUCACAUGGACAUGGCAAGGGCCAGGAGCGUUUGAAAUUCUGUGGCUUACUUUGUGUCAGUUUCACAAUUCUGUGGAAAUCGAGUUUCUACCUGUGUAUAUUCCUUCAGAAGAAGAAAGAAAAAAUCCAGUGUUAUAUGCCAAUAACGUCAGACGUGUAAUGGCAGAGGCGCUGGGAGUUUCAGUGACAGAUUAUACAUUUGAAGACUGUCAGCUAGCUUUGGCUGAAGGACAACUUCGUCUGCCUUCAGAUACAUGUCUUUUAGAAUUUGCAAAGCUUGUGAGAAGCCUUGGGCUGAAACCAGAAACACUUGAAGAUGAUCUUGAUAAAUAUGCUGCAAGUGCCAUGAAAAUGAAGAAAGAAAAGGUUGAUCUUAAAGAAUUUUCAGCAUACUUGGAAUUUCCAGUUUCUCACACAUUAGAAAGUAUGUUCACACUUUUUGAUGAGAAUGAAGAUGGUGUAAUUGACAUUCGGGAGUUUGUCAUUGCUCUGUCAGUUGUCUGUAAGCCAUCCAAAACUCUGGAAACAAUUCAGUUGGCAUUUCAGCUAUACCAAUCAGGAAGUGGAACUAUAACAGAAGAGGAUUUAGCUCAUAUUCUGAAGACUGCCAUGGGUGUAUCACAGAUUAAUGUUACACAUCUCUUCAGAGCUGUAGAUGAAGAAGAAAAAGGAAAGAUUACAUAUGAUGACUUCUACACAUUUGCUGAAUUGCACCCCCACUUUGCAGAAGACUAUCUCUAUGCUGAUCAGAUGGGAGCUGAGAGCAGCUUGGAGACUUCAUCUCUUUCUGCUCCUAAUGGUAUCUGUACUGACUUCAGCCCUGACAACACUGAAGAUAAAAACAAGCCCCUACAGAAGAAACUGAAUUAACACUGCAACUCUUACCUUCCUCUCCUGGUGAGAGGGUUGUCUUUUCUUGGGAUUUUCAUAAGUCACUCCAAUUAUACAGCAAAUACGAGUUUUGUGUGUGAAAGUUCUUCUACCUUAAUAUCAUUCUUUGAAUCAUAUGUGCUGUAUUUAACAACAUGUUCCAGGUUACUUUGGGAAAGGUGUUUUUAUUUUUUUGAAAAGGUCUUUGAUAGGCAAAAAUGUGAAUGUGCUUCAUUAUUAAUGUUCAUAUUUAAAGGAAGCGGCACACUUAUUUAUAUUCCAUUGGUUAGUUUCCUGUACAAAGUGUCGCACAAACUGUGCAUGUAAAAAGAAAGUGUAGCUACUAUGGUGUUAAGUGCACUUUGGUGAUAAGUGUUUUCCCUAGUUAUGGGGAUGUUUAUUUGGGGCCAAACUUUGUUGUCCAUAUUUGCAUAGUCAGUCCUGUUGACUUCAGUUGGAUUAUUCUCUUGAGCAGAGCAAGCAUAUUUUGGCCCUUUGUUUUGGUCUCAGUGAGCAGUUUGGAAACAGUAAUACAAAAACUUGCUGAGGAUUAUUUUUUAUUUUUAUCGUUGAAUGACAAAAUUGUUUUUCUUUCAAUCUAUUCCAUGGUAGAAUGAGAAGGAAGGGCUCUUUAUCCCUCACCCCAACACUUUUCUACUGUAAUCUUCCGGAUGCAAUUAAACAUGAAUUUUUUCCAAACUGA